AUGGGGAGUGAGCGGCAGGUUGUUGUUGGAUGAGGUCAGAGGUCAGCCGGAUCCAGCAUGGACGCGGCGGAGUUGGAGACCGGGUGAAGUUUCGCUGUUGGUUUGAGGGGGAACAUUCCCAGUAUUUCAGUGGAUUGAGAAAGGAGAAGGUGGGAGGAGAUUUUUCAUCAGGCACUCGCACCAGCCAUGCGGAAUCUGAAAUUGUUGCGCAGCCUGCAUUGCAAUAGCUGGCAAGGUCUCGGCAAGCCCCAGUGUCUCACUGUACGGGUGGAUACAGGGACGGUGCUGGUGGGAUCAGACCUAGGAAUCACAGAACUCAAUGCACACACUGAGCAGGUAGUCAGAAAAGUAUCCCUGGUUGAAGAAGCAUUUCUCCCUGAAGAUGGCAGUGGGUGUAUUGUUGGUAUUGAGGACCUGCCAGAUCAGGAAUCUGUUUGUGUGGCUACUGGAUCUGGGGAUGUUAUACUUUAUAAUCUAAACUCUAAUCAGCUAGAAUGUGUUGGCAGUGUUGACAGUGGGCUGACUGGGAUGAGCUGGAGUCCAGACCAGGAACUUGUUGUGUUAACUACAGGGCAGGAGACCAUAAUAAUGAUGACCAAAGACUUUGAUCCAAUUACUGAAGUCAAAAUCCACCAGGAUAACUUUGGUGAAGGAGAAUUUAUCACUGUCGGUUGGGGGAAGAAGGAGACACAGUUCCAUGGCACCGAGGGUAAAGAAGCAGCUCGCUGUAAGCCAACAGAAAUUCAAGCAGCAUUUCCUUGGGAUGAUCGGAGGUCACGUGUGACCUGGCGAGGAGAUGGACAGCUGUUUGCAAUCAGUGCCAUUUGUCCUGUGACUGGAUCCAGAAAGCUGAGAAUAUGGAACAGAGAAUGUGUGCUUCAGUCAACCAGUGAGUCUGUUAGUGGCCUUGAACAGUCCCUGUGCUGGAAACCGUCAGGAAACCUGAUUGCAUCCACACAACGAAAGCUUAACAAACAUAAUGUUGUGUUCUUCGAACAAAACGGUUUAUUACAUGGAGAAUUUUCACUUCCUUUUCAUAAAGACCAAGUUAAGGUAAAUGAGCUGCUAUGGAACAGUGACUCCACUGUGCUAGCGGUUUGGCUAGAAGAUUUGAGAUCAGAUGAGAAUGACCGUCAAAAUACAUACGUUCAGUUGUGGACAAUGGGUAACUACCACUGGUACCUGAAGCAGAGUCUGCAUUUCGGCUGCAAUCAGGUGGAACAGAUUGUAUCCCUAAUGUGGGAUCCUGAGAGUCCCUAUCGACUGCACGUCCUCCGCAGUGGAUGGCUUUACCAGUCCUAUAAUUGGCAUUGGACCAUCAAUCGUAGUACAGGAAAAGAUAGCAGUGACCUUGCUAACAUAGCUGUGAUUAAUGGAGAUAAAGUACUAGUGACACCUUUUCGCCAAACAGUGGUGCCUCCGCCAAUGUCUGCAUAUCAGUUGCAUCUGCCUUGCGCUGUGAAUCAGAUUAUGUUCUCUUCAGAUCCACAAAGGAGCAAUGAUUUUGCAGUCUUGACAGCAGAUAACUAUAUUUCAGUCUUUGAAGCUGAUGAUGGUGUGAAUCAAGACUCUGCAGUUAAAAUUGGUGCAGUUGGCGGCAGUGGAUCAAAGAUAUGCAUCAGAACUCCAAAACGGGUAAAAACGUACAGAAUUAAGUUUGAAGAAGGAGGGAGCGAGUCCCUGAAUCCAUUGAAACUGCGAAUGUUAACCUGGGUAAAGGAGAAUACAUUCCUAGCUGUGAGUCAAGGUCCUAAGACCUGUCAGUCUAUUGUCUGUCAACUGCUAAUGACAUCAGAGGAGACUGAGGAAGGAGAGAUUCAAAUCAGGUCUCCUGUAACUGUGGAUGGUCACGUGAUCAAUCUGUGUCACAACCAGAAGACUGAGACUGUGGCCUUGGAGAUUUCCAGUGGACAGAUACUAAGAUACUUCUGGGCCACACAUUCCUCUGAGGCAUGUGUGAAACAGUGGAAGUCAGCUACUGGAUGUUUAGUACAGUUUCCUCAACCUUGUGUAGAGACAGCUCUAUGUACAGUUGAUGGUGAGGAAAUGGUCUUCGGUCUGACAGAAAGAUCUCGUUUCUACAUUAAUGACUUAGAGAUAGCCUCCAAUGUCACUUCAUUUAUAGCUUGCGAUGAGUUCCUGUUGUUCACAACCCAUUCACACAUCUGUCGCUGUCUGAAUCUUGGGACUACUUCAUUAAAAGUUUUAUCGCAACUUUCAAGCAGUGAUUCCCAGCCUAAUGAUGAAACAGUUCGUAGGGUGGAGAGAGGAUCUCGCAUAGUGACUGUUGUACCCCAGGACACCAAACUCAUCCUUCAGAUGCCACGUGGGAAUCUGGAAGUCAUUCACCACCGAGCACUGGUGUUGGCCCAGGUGCGAAAAUAUCUGGACAGGCUUAAGUACAAGGAAGCCUUUGAAUGUAUGAGAAAGCUGAGAAUAAAUCUCAAUCUCAUCUACGAUCACAACCCAAAAGUAUUUUUGGACAAUUUGGAGAGCUUUGUGAAGCAGAUCAAUUCUAUAAAUUACAUCAAUUUGUUCCUGACAGAAUUGAAAGAGGAAGAUGUCACAAAGACAAUGUAUCCAUAUUUCCCCAGCUCAUCAACUUCAGCACCUGCGAUUGGCACUAAAGUGAACACAGUAUGUGAUGCACUGCGUAAGACUAUGGAGAGAAUCAGCCCUCACAAAUACAGUUUGUCAAUACUGACCUGCCAUGUGCGAAAACGUGCUCCAGAACUGGAAAUUGCUCUUCAGAAAGUCCAUGAACUGAGAGUGAAUCCUCCAUCUGAUCCUGAAGCAGUCAGUGCUGAAGAGGCCCUGAAAUAUCUCCUCUUCCUGGUGGAUGUUAAUGAACUAUAUGACUAUGCAGUGGGCACAUACGACUUUGAUCUCAUGAUGAUGGUGGCAGAGAAAUCGCAAAAGGAUCCUAAAGAAUAUCUACCAUUUCUGAACAACUUGAAGAAAAUGGAAACUAAUUACCAGCGAUACAACAUCGAUAAAUAUUUGAAGCGAUAUAAGAAAGCUCUCAACCACCUCAGUAAAUGUGGUAAGUGCAACUUCAAAACAUUGAACACGUUGUGAUUUCAUGCUUCAGCAGCUCAGUUGAGAAAUUGAGGUGUUCAGAGGGUGGGCGUGCCAACUUAUUUCCAAGGAAUAUGUCUGUCAACAUAACAUCCCACAGGUUUGUACACGUUUAGAGAAGGAACGAGGCACUAAUUUUGUAAUUUUUUUUGACAUGAUCAUAUAUUGUAGUAGAAGCAAUUUUUUUUAAACCACAUUCUACGGAUCUAAUUUUUGUUUAGAAAAGAAAGUAUGGACUUGCAUGCGGUCAUUCUUGAUAAAUCGAAACCUGUUUCUGUUAAAAUUAUGUAACUAGUUUCAUGUAAAGCAAGUCACCAAUAUUAUCAGUCAUAAUGAGGCUAGUUAUCAGAGUUUGUGUUAUAUGGAAUAAUGGUUACUUGGCUCUCAUUUAUACUUGAUAACAUGUCAGCAAAACGUUGUAUUUGUAUAAUGGAUUUCAACUUGAGAAAACGUCCUAAGGUGCUUUGCAGGGCUAUCAGAUAUAAUUUGACACUGAGCCACAUAAGAAGCUUUUGGGAUAGCUGAAGAGGAAGUUUUAUGGCAUAUCUUCAAAGAUGGAGAGGUUUAUGGUUUAAGGCUACCAUUGGUGAAUCAAUUACUAUUAGAUUGCAUGAGAGACCAUAAUUAGAGGAAAACCAAGAUCUUGACAGGUUGUAGGACUGAAGAUGAGUACAGAACUAAGGAUGGGUGAAGCCAUGAAGAGAUUUGAUUAUAAGAAAAGAAUUUUAAAUUUGAAGCUUUUGUCAGUCAGCAGCACAGGGUAAGCAGAACUUGGUACAAGUUAGGACAAGUUAAGUAGUAGAUUUUUGGAUGAGCU